GAAAGGAGCAUGGAUCCAAGGCACCUAGCAUGUCCUCUCUCUUCCGACCACAAUGAUUUAUCCCAGAAGAAGAUCACUCGUGGAGAUGCUCUGCUAGCACCUGGACACUCAUCAGUCUCAGAGACUGAGGAGUGAAGUAGCUACCAUCUCGCCUCGUUUCUCCCAGUCUGCCGUUGCUGCUGCUGCCAGAUCCCAGAGUUCGUGGUAGGUGGCAAUGGCCUCGUCACCGCUUGCAAUCUCGGGGACGCAGCCUACCUGGGUCCCCUAUGAACCAACCAAAGAUUGCUCUCAGGGCCUGUGCAGCAUGUACUGCCCCCAGUGGUGCUACUUCAUCUUCCCUCCGCCUCCGCCGUUCGACGUGGGCGGGCCCAGCCCGGACGACUCCUCCGGCCCCGUCUUCUCUCCGCUCGUCAUCGCUAUCAUCGGCGUCCUGGCGAUCGCCUUCCUCCUCGUCAGCUACUACACUUUCAUCUCCAGGUACUGUGGCACCUUCCGUUCCUUCCGGGGCCGGGUCUUCAGUUCCAGCUCAGGUGGUGGCGGUGGUGCCCGCGGCAGCGGCGGCGGCGGCGGCGGAGGAGGAGGCCAGGGACAGUCCAGGAGCCAAGAGUCGUGGAACAUCUCGCCGUCGACGGGGCUGGACGAGACCCUGAUCAGCAAGAUCGCCCUGUGCAAGUACAGGCGCGGUGACGCGUCGUCGGUCCACGCCACGGACUGCCCCGUGUGCCUCGGCGAGUUCAGGGACGGGGAGAGCCUGCGGCUGCUGCCCAAGUGCAGCCACGCCUUCCACCAGCAGUGCAUCGACAAGUGGCUCAAGUCGCACUCCAACUGCCCGCUGUGCCGCUCCAACAUCACGUUCAUCACCGUGGGGGCGGGGCAGAUGCUGCCGACGCCGCAGGACGCUGCGGGCCGCCGUGGUCCAGGCGAGGGUGUUGGGAGAGAUGCCGCCGCCGCCGCCGCCGCCGCCGCCCAUGAGGUGGUUGUGGCGAUGGACGACUUGGAGAUCAUGUGCGAAGAGCAGCAGAGCAUGGCGGGCAGCACGGACGGUGAUGAGCGGGAGGCGAGUGGUGGCCCGGAGGGACCGGACGAGGCCGACAGCAAGGCCGAGGAGAUCAGAGAAGAGCGCCCGCCGCCGCCGCCGAUGAAGCUGUGGGGGCCUUCGUCGUCGGAGCCAGACCCGAUCAGCCACGACGUCCGCAUGUCCAUCGCCGACGUCCUGCAUGCCAGCAUGGAGGACGAGCGGAUGGCGGCCAGGGACGGCGGCGCCGGCACGUCGAGGCGGUGGUGCCAUGGCGAGAACAGCAAGGGGGGACGCAGCAGCAGCCGGCGUGCGCUGCAGGACGGCACGGACACGAAGCGGUUGCCUCCUGCUGGGCGGUCCUGCUUCAGCAGCAACAGCAAGAGCGGGAGGGGGAGGGGCCCGGAUCAUCCGAUGUGAGGAGGCUCAGAGCUGUUUCAGAUUUUACCUAGGAUUUUACUGGGCGGGUUCUUGUCCGCUCGCAAGUCGCAACAUGGAGAAUGUGGACGGGGAAAAGCAGGGACCGACACCACAGUCUAUGGCGCCUCGUGAGACGUGGGUCGUGACAAUGUUCAUCCCUACGUACAAUGUGGUGAUCGAUGCCAGGGUCCAAUAGUUCGUCUGCAUUGCUCGGUGAGGCCUCUGCAGCUGGUUCUUUUCUCUUGUCAUAUUUUUUUUUGGUUGGCUCUUCCACCUCUCAUGUAUUGCCAAGACCCACAUUCCAUUAUUUCAGAGAACAUGUUACUGGCUUUGC